CGCCCGCAGCCGGGCCGGGGGAGGGGGGGAUGCAGCAGCAGCAGCAGCCGGGGCCGCCGGAGCGGGCCGGCCGCGCCGCCGAGUGACGCGGGCCGCCGUUCCGCGGGGGCCGAGGCUGCGGGGAGCGGCACCGCGGGGCCGGAAGCAACAACUUUAUAUGGCUCAUGUCUGACAACAUGCACCACCAGUGGCUGCUGCUAGCUGCAUGCUUUUGGGUGAUAUUCAUGUUCAUGGUUGCUAGCAAGUUUAUCACAUUAACUUUCAAAGACCCAGAUGGCUACAGUGCCAAGCAAGAGUCACUGAUACUGACAGCUGUGACAAAAGUGGAGGAGGUACAUGUGCCAGAGGAAAAACAUUGGCCUGAAGAACUCCAGCCAACUGGAAAAGCUUUUUCUGGAAAUCUGAUCCGCCAGCCCCUGGUUCAUAUGGAAAGACUUGAGCUUCUCAGGAACGUCUGCAGGGACACUGCAUUGAGAAAUCUCUCUCACACUGCAGUUUCCAAAUUCGUCUUGGACCGAAUAUUUGUAUGUGACAAGCACAAGAUCCUGUUUUGUCAGACGCCAAAAGUGGGCAACACUCAGUGGAAAAAAGUCUUGAUCGUUUUAAAUGGAGCAUUUUCUUCCAUAGAAGAGAUCCCAGAAAAUGUUGUACAUGAUCAUGAGAAGAACGGCCUUCCACGCUUGUCCUCCUUCAGUGACUCUGAAAUUAAAAAACGACUGAAUUUGUACUUCAAGUUUUUUAUUGUUCGAGAUCCAUUUGAAAGACUUAUUUCUGCAUUUAAAGACAAGUUUGUGCACAACCCUCGGUUUGAACCUUGGUACCGGCAUGAAAUUGCUCCUGGCAUCAUUCGCAAAUACAGAAAGAACCGCACAGAGACCAAAGGGCUGCAGUUUGAGGAUUUUGUGCGCUAUCUGGGGGACCCUAAUCACCGCUGGCUGGAUGUUCAGUUUGGGGACCACAUCAUCCAUUGGGUAACGUACGUGGAGCUCUGCGCCCCCUGUGAAAUCACCUAUAGUGUGAUUGGACACCACGAAACCCUGGAGGACGAUGCUCCGUACAUCUUGAAGGCAGCCGGCAUAGACCACCUGGUGUCGUACCCCACGAUUCCACCAGGCAUAACAGUGUACAACAGAACAAAAGUAGAGCGGUACUUUUCGGGAAUUAGCAAGAGGGACAUAAGACGCCUCUACGCCCGGUUUGAAGGCGAUUUUAAACUCUUUGGAUAUAGGGAGCCAGAUUUCCUGCUGAACUGACACCUAGGAUAAGCUCGGAAGUGUCUCGUCGAUUAAUUUAAACCUGCGUGAAUACCAGCUGCAACACUUGACAGAGCUGAGAAUGACCAUUUGUCUUCUAGCUUUUUGAUGUUGCUCCAUUUUUCAGUGAAAUAUUUGUCAUAAUGAACAAGUCGGGGCUUAUAGUUGUUGUUUGCUGACCAUGUUUUCUGUAUGUGACAUUGCAAUCUGUUAGGAAUUAAGUCUCUGUUACCUGAAAUGCAGAAUUCCACUCCUACCCUGUUCCCCUCAGGAAAAAAAGAGGGAGAAGGAAUAGGCUAUGAUCUUUCUCUCCCAGGCAGAAUGCCAUUUUUAAAAUGUUGUGAAGUAUUUAGAAAGAUGGCAAUUUCACUAUAGGUUAACUGUGAUACGGGUGAACUUCGUGAUUCAUGCUCAUGAGAAGGGCAUGCAGUCUUCCAUGAGCUUUGAAAAGGAAAGGCCAGUGCAGGACUAAAAAUCGAUUCAAUGCUUGACAAAUAAAAUAAUCUAGGCUGCUGUAAUAACAGUAAUGCUGAUCUAAUCCCAUUUUUGUUUGUCACGAAAUGAACCUUAUCAGACAGAAGCUUUAGAGUUGUUAAAAAAGAGACUGGUUCCAGAGUCCAAUUGUCUUUGUAUUUUUGUCAAGUGUUCACUGUACUUACUACUGCUCUAUUGAGCCUCAUAAUUCUCCUUUGAAUUUCAAAAUAUGAUUUAACUCCUGGCUUUGUAAGUUAUCUGAGAACACCAGAUGCAAAUGGAGCAUAGAAGAAAUAUGAAACUCCUAGGGAAAGUUUAAGGAAAAAUAAUUUAAAAUAAAUUAUUAAUUGUAUUUGUGGGAGCACAUAUACAAGUCACAAGAUGUUCUCACACAAUUUAACUUGUUUUGUCUUCUAACAGUUAAGAUAAUAGAAGAAGCCACAAAAGCAGGAUGUCAUAUAAAAAAGCUGCUACAGUUACUUCAAUUAAUGUUCUGCCUUUUUCUUAUAUCCAGCCUUGCUUGGUGUUCAGUACCUCAGAGAACAGAAAAUUUCCCCACACCCCCUCUGAAAAUUCAUAUCCCUACUGCUGAAGGAGACAAGAUGAAUCCCUUAUCCACAUUGAUUCACUGCCAUGGUGUCCUGACUCAAAAAUACCCAACCAGUGGGGUGAGUUGGAGACUUGCUGUACUCAUUUUAUGCAUUAAAAAAAAAACCACAAAAAACCCCAAAAACCAGAACCGAAUGGAUGCAGCCAUCAUAUUUGCCUGUGCUUGCAUUACGUGUGAGAAAGAGCAGUUUCUUUUUUGAGUUCACCAGCAAUAAAAUCAGUGGGCUGCCAUCUUAGGCCACGGGGGCAAGAGAGAGAGACCACAUAUCUGAAAUACAGGAAUUGCUCUGUCACAGUGAACGUAUGAACUGUAUUUUUAAAAUUUUACUUCCAAAAGAUUAAUUUUCAGAUCAGCGUAAUGUUGCUGGCUAGAGAUGCUAAUGAUGGCCAGUGCUAUGGAAUCUGCUCUUAAAUCCAGCCCCAGUAUGUUUUUGAUAGCUUCCUGUAUCAACACAGGGAAGCAUCUUGCCCUUCAGAGAAAGGGAAGCUGUGCCAAGCUGACAUGGGCUGUAACCGACAAAAAGAAAGCUGGGAGUGAUUUCAGAGAUAUCUCAACAAACUAAUUGAAAUAAGGAAGAAUCAUUAACUUUAGCAAGAGAAUAGUCCACGGUGGCAAAGCUGGAAGGUGGGAUUUUUUUAAUUAUUUGUUUUUUAAAGCAGCAAUUAAAGUGCCCUAACUUGUUAGUUCUUAACCAAUGAUAAAAAGAUGUUAACAGCUCGAGGUUUUUCUGCGGUUUUCUGAAUAUGGGAACUUCACAAAAUGUACUGUUAAAUGCAUUUUGGAGCUAAUGAGCCGAUUGAUUACCUCUCUGCCGAUUUAAAAUGUAACUGUGUGAAUAAUGUAUAGUGAAUUCAGGCCUUAAAGUUUAAUUCUAAUAAAGUAGAGUAGUUUUCCUCUGAAAGCAUAA